GAUAUAGCAGUACCACAAAAGCAACCGCAGAGCAAAAACUUGCUCACACUCGGUCACACAGACUGUCUAGUUAAAACACAGUAGAUUACUUGCCACACUGGACACACAGUGGGAAGGGAUGUCCUUGAAUCAGGAAGAGACACAAAGACCAGAGGUGUCUUCAAGCCCUCCAUCCAACAUGGAGUUCCAAGUCCACCAAGCCCAUCGAGACCGUUGGAAGGACACAGAUGAUUCCAUGUGUCGCCACAGCAUGUCCUUCCAUCUUCACCAUACCAUAAGGAUGGAGUUCUUCGCCAGCUUCCUGUACUUGCUGGAGCAGAUUCCACUGGUCAAGCUGUUUGCAGUGACCUGCGAGAAAAUCAAAGGAGAGAAGCAGUUCUACUACAAGUCACAAAUGUUCUAUGAGGACGUCGAGGCUUCCGAAGAGGGAAUGAUGGGAGACUUUGUUGAGCUCUCCGAUAUCGACCUGGAAGGGUCCAGAAAAUUUCUGAGCAGGUUUAUUGGCCCAGGUAAGGCCGGCACCAAGUGUGCUCUGGACUGUGGAUGUGGAAUUGGACGUGUUGCUAAAGGUGUCCUCCUGCCCAUCUUUGAGACCCUGGAAAUGUGUGACAUGAUGGAGGCCUUUCUGCUCCAUGCCCAUGAGGUGUACCUAGGAGCUGACGCUGACCGCAUUGAAACGUACUACUGCUACAACCUGCAGGAGCUCACCCCUCCCAAAAAGAAAUACGACGUCAUCUGGAUGCAGUGGUGUGCGUGUUACCUGACAGACAGGGACUUGAUGCAUUUCCUGAUGCGUUGUAAGAGGAGUCUUCAGCCCAACGGGGUCAUCAUCAUAAAGGACAACAUGGCCCGGAAGGGCUGCAAGCUGGACGCCAUCGACAGCAGCAUAAUUCGCCACCUGGACAUCAUGAGGGAGAUCAUCUUCAAGGCCGGUCUGGAGGUACUGGCUGUGGAGAAACAGGAAGGAUUCCCUGAAAUCACUGUCCCUGUGUGGAUGAUCGCUAUGCAUUAGAUGGACGUACAGACAUGCCAAUAAACUGACAGACUGAUGGGGCUGAAAUACUCUUACACACUAUUAUAGUAGUGUGUAAGUCUCACACCCAAACUGACAGACAACCACCCUCACAGGCACACACUACUACUACAACUACUACAGACAGAUAAUAAUACUACUGCAAUAGUCUCUCAUACACAAAAACAUUUCUGACAGCCAGUAGGCAACGGCUGUUGAACUGACUUAAUCAAAAGUAUGUAAUGGUCACUGCAAAUAUUGGAAAUAAGUACAUAAGGAUCUCUUCACAAACAUCAGUGUUAAGUCCUGCAUGGUGUUUUGAAGACAAAACAAACAAAUUUGACAUAUCAAAAAAGGUUUGGCUUUUGUUCUGAAUUUACUUUCUUCAAAGUUCAAAAGCACUGAUACACCUAGGAGCACAGGAGGUAAAUUACUCAGGUGAUCAAAUUAAGCAAGAUUGUAUUUGUGUUUUAGAGAUUACUACUACAGUAAAGACAACUACUAUUACUGCUAUUACUACUGGACACUACAGACACUACUACCACUACAUCAGUAAAGAUACUACUGCUAAUACAGACACUGCUAUGACACUUAGAAAACCGGGUUCCAAAGGGAGCUGUCCCCAUAUGAGAAUGCUAUAUGGUUCCAGAAUAACUAUUUUAGAAUCCUCUGUGGAAAGGAACAAAAAAGUUUUUUUCAAUGGACAGUUGAAGACCCCUUCUAGACAGCACAGCACCUUUUUAUAUAAGAGUGUACAACGCACAAACAGUAUUAACACAAAAGUAAAG